AUGAAGGUCAACUUUUCCAACCCCGCCACCGGCGCUCAGAAGCUCAUCGACUUUGAGGAUGACCGCAAGACCCGAGUCUUCCUUGAGAAGAGGAUGGGCCAGGAAGUCCCCAUCGACACUCUUGGUGAAGAGUUUGCCGGCUACGUCGUCCGAAUCACCGGCGGUAACGACAAGCAGGGUUUCCCUAUGAAGCAGGGUGUCCUCCUCCAGCACCGAACCCGUCUCCUCCUCGCUGACGGCCACUCUUGCUACCGAGCCCGCCGAGACGGUGAGCGCAAGCGAAAGUCUGUCCGAGGUUGCAUCGUCGGCAACGACAUUGGUGUCCUCGCCGUCGCCAUCGUCAAGCAGGGUGCUCAGGAGCUCCCCGGUCUCACCGACGUCGUUCUGCCCAAGCGACUCGGUCCCAAGCGUGCCACCAAGAUCAGGAAGUUCUUCAACCUUUCCAAGGAGGACGACGUUACCAAGUUCGUUGUCCGAAGGGAGGUCACCAAGAAGAACGGCAAGACCACCACCAAGGCCCCCAAGAUCCAGCGCCUUGUCACCCCCAUGCGUCUCCAGAGGAAGCGUCACCUCCGAUCUCUCCAGAAGAGGAGGACCGAGUCCCAGAAGGAGUCUGUUGCCGAGUACAAGACUGCUCUUGCCAAGCACGCCGAGGAGAAGAAGGUCCACAACGCCGCCGUCAAGGCUGCCAAGAAGGCCCGCAGGUGA